GGCCUCCAUGGCGACGGCGAGGCCCCCGCGCGGGCGCGGCCAUCGGGCUCGGCCCCGGCCCCGCUCCGGCGGCGGAAGUGACGGCGCGGAGCGGCCGCCAUGAAGCCGGCCGUGGACGAGAUGUUCCCUGAGGGCGCCGGCCCGUACGUGGACCUGGAUGAGGCAGGGGGAAGCACGGGGCUGCUGAUGGAUCUGGCGGCCAACGAGAAAGCGGUGCACGCCGACUUCUUCAACGAUUUUGAAGAUCUCUUUGAUGAUGAUGACAUCCAGUGAACUCAGUUGUCCAGCAGUGCUGAGAUGUGGAUUUUUCUCUAGGAUCGCCUGUGCAGUCCAUUAUUUAUUAAAUUAAUCAAAAUGGAAAAGUCACAGAGGGGGAAAAAGCCUGGAUAAGCUGCUUGGGGAAUAUGAAAACCAGAUGAUUAAAGAUAACUAAGGAGGGAAGUGUGCACUGUUAUUUCUAGGAAGCUGUGUGUAGAUUUUCCUGGAAAUUUUAUUUGCUGAUGUGCUUAUUGAAUAAAAUCCCAAAGAAACA